AUGUCCUCCGAAGACAUCACCCUCGUCCCCGACCAGAGGAUCGACAACGGUCUCAGCUCCCCUCUCGUCUUCCAAGACGACCCUCUCCGCUUCAAUUGCCCCACCCAGCAGCGCCGGGUCGGGGACCCGGGUCCCAAAACCCGCGAACUUGGUGCCUUCAUUGACGACAAGAUGUUCAUCGACCGCGACCGCUUCUUCGCCGCCCAGAACCCCGACUUCCGCCGCUACGCCGACUGUUCCGCCCGCCGCGACCCCCGCAAUUGGACCGUCAACGGCACCGCCGGCACUCCCAGUGAGGACGACGAUUCCGACGAGGACGACGAAGAUGACGAGGACGAGGAUGACGAAGGCGACACCGAAGUAGAAGGACUCGUCGGUGAUGGAAGCAAAGGCGAAAUUAUCAGUAACAACAACGGUACCAGUAGUAAUUUGCCUUCUGUUGCAAACGGGAAAGCUCACUCUUUUGUUUCUGGGAGAGAGUUGAUGGGGAAGGAUGGUGGAGAGAUUGGGCAGUUGGUGCAUAGCAGUGUGAGUGGUGGUGGUGAUGAAGAUCAUCGGCCAGAGGGAUUAGGUAAGUCUCAGAAUUCUGUUACCGUUGCUGAAACUGACUGUGAGGAGUACUAUUCGCACUAUCUUCAAGGUGCUGAAGGGGCUUCUGGUCACAAAGUUAUGGUGGAUGAUGGUGGUUGCGGGUUUAGUGGGAGAAAGGAUGCGAUGUAUUCCACCGAGUCAGGAGAGUCACUCAGGAAUAUUCUUUCAGAUCCCGUUACCGGAACACUUAUGGAUGAUGCGAUGAUAUUACCGUGUGGGCAUUCAUUUAGCGGAAUUGGAAUACAGCAUGUUAUUAGAAUGAAAGCUUGCUGCACUUGUUCUCAACCAACAACUGAGGAAUCAAUAUCUCCUAACUUAUCACUUCGAGCUGCUGUGCAGGCAUAUCGGCGGGAAGAGGAGUCUCAAUUUUACCGGUCACCUAAAAGAAGAAGAGAGAGAUUUGAUCAGGGUGGCUUUGGAGAUUUAUCUGUUAUGGAACCAUCAAGGAGUAGAGGUGUUCAGUUUCCAUUUGCUGUAAUGGACCGGGUUGUCAUAAAGGGAAACAAAAGGACACCACAACGCUUUGUUGGACGCGAAGCAAUUGUAACAACACAAUGCCUUAAUGGAUGGUAUGUGGUGAAGACAUUGGACAAUGCUGAGAGUGUAAAGUUGCAGUAUCGAUCUCUUGCUAAGGUUUUGGAUGAUCCUUCAAAGCCCGCCUCCAGCAAGAUGUCACCUAAUUGGCUUUAG